AUGAUCCGGCGGUCCCAAAAACCUCCUCUGGAACCACCUUCGGGGGCCAGGGAUAUAAGGACACUGCUUCAGAAACGACCACCAACUAAAAUGGCGGGAAUGGCUGAACGCACUCCCACAGAGGUACAAACAGACCACAGGCUGCUUGACUCACCUCCAGAGCAGGCACACAAACCACCACAGGGGACCCAGAUGGGUCAGCACCGGUUACACAGCAGGAUUUCCGAAACCUGGUCAUGGACAUCAAAAACCUGCUGACGUGGAAAUCAUUAAGACAAGGUGAAGGCCAUGGAUGAAGAUAUUAGUAGACAUAAAGCAAGGUGUGUCAUACCUACAGGACUCUGUAAUGAAUAUACAAGCCCAACAACAAACGCUUGCACCAGGUUCCUGGUAGUUACACUAAUUGGAACUGUACACAAAAUCUCCUCUCUUGCCACAGCACCUGCCUUCCUUAAAUCUUUGGGCUUUCCUAUCUCCCAGCGGGCAACCGACCUCCAGCCCAACACAUGUACCGGGGAACCCGGGCCGGCGACCCCAUCAACAUCUUCAGAUCAUCUGAAGAUGAUCAGCACUGA